CAGAGGACCAGAACCAGAGGACCAGAACCAGAGGACCAGAACCAGGUUCCUGUCGUGUUCCCAGAGUUUCCCCCAACCAAUCAGCUCCUGAUCUGUUCUUCUGUCUAAUCACCUGAGCUUCUCCGCCCAUCUCUCCACCUGCACCUCAUCCCCUCGUUACUGAGAACCUGUUAGAACCAUGACCUCAGAACCAGAGUAUGAAGGUUCUGCUUCAGGAGGAGGGAACUGGACUUCACUCAUUUUUCCAGCAGUGGUCGUCAGUGUCAGUCUGCUGAGCAAAGUGAGAAGAAUGUUGUGGUCAAGGAACAAGCUGGAGGAGCUGGAGGUGCGGGUCCGGGAUACUCAGGACUACAUCGAUCAGGUGAAGCUGCAGGAGCUGGAGAACCUGCUGGUGGAACGGCAGCAUGUGUUCUGCAGUCACUUCUCGAGUCAAGAGCGCCGCUUGCAGCUGGAGGAACAGAUCGAGCAGAAGGCCGAGAACCUGAAGGAUCUGGAUCCUGACAUACAAUCCAGACUCUCGAGGAUCUUCUCUUAUGAUGACAGGUGUGGUUCCUGUCUGAACUACAUCUGGACCGGAGACAAGACCCAGAACGGGGGGCUGAUGUGGGAGGAUCUGAGGGAAUGGAAGAAGAGGGCCAGAAAACUUCAUGAGGGACUCCAAGAACCUUAACACUAGAACCGCCAGGGGUCACUGUAUACUUGGCUGCCGCAUCUCUAACAAUAAGAUCUGUCCGCUGUCAUUGUGUUAAUGUUUCAUCUUCAGAAAGGAAAGUCUGAAGUCAUAAAAUGAGUUUGUUUAAUCAUCA